AUGCUGGUGCACCACCCUAUUCAUCAUGCCUUCUUCUUCUUCUUCAUCCUCCUUUUGUCCUUCCCAAAUUAUUCACAAUCUUUAACCACUCAUGAGGAUGAUGAAAGGGCUAUUUUACUUAUCCUAAAACAGCACUGGGGAUAUCCAUUUUCACUUGAGCAGUGGAACUCCACUUCCUCCCCAUGUGACUGGCCUGGAAUUUCAUGCAACUCCAAUCGAAGUGUCACACGGAUAUCUCACUCCCGAAUGUACACCGAAGGAUCAUUCCCGGACUCAACUAUUUUAUGCCAGCUCAACAACCUUGUUUCAAUCAAUUUCAGUUCCAAUAGUCUCUGGGGAACUAUACCAGCUAACCUCUCCACCUGCUCAAAGCUUGAAACCUUGGAUUUAUCCACAAAUUAUUUGAAAGGAAAAAUACCAGGUGAGUUGUUUUCCAUGAAAACCCUGCGUAGUUUAAAUCUUCGAAACAACAUGUUGUUCGGUGAGAUACCGACACCCAUGGUAGCUUAUAGUUUGGAGUCUCUUGAUCUGUCAUAUAACCUAUUAAAUGAAUCAAUACCAAAAGAUAUAGGAAAUUUAUAUAAUCUUAGCUACUUAGAUCUGUCCAUGAACUCUUUUAGUGGCUCAAUACCAUAUGAUAUAGGGAAUUUAUACAAUCUUGGCUACUUGGAUUUGUCUAUAAAUUCUUUAAGUGGUCCAAUUCCUAAUGCAUUGUUAGACUUGCAGCAACUGUCUCAUCUCUCACUUUCUUUUAACAAAUUGACUGGUGAAAUACCAAGCCAGUUGUUUUCCAUGAAAAAGCUACGUAGUUUAAAUCUUGGGCAGAACAUGUUGUCCGGUGAGAUACCGACACCCAGGGUGGUUUACAGUUUAUUGGAGUAUCUUGAUCUUUCAAGUAACCAUUUGAAUGGAUCAAUGCCAGAAGAUAUAGGAAAUUUAUACCACCUUAGCUCUUUAGAUUUGUCCAAUAAUUCUUUGAAUGGAUCAAUACCAGAUAAUAUAGGGAGUUUAUACAAUCUUGGCCACUUGGAUCUGUCCAAUAAUUCUUUUAGUGGCCCUAUACCUGCUAGAUUGCUCCGGCUGCAUAAUCUGCACUAUCUUUCACUGGCUUCUAACAAUUUGAGUGGUGAAAUACCUGUAAAACUGGAUUUAUUUAGUCUGACUCACAUAGACCUGUCAGAUAACCAAUUUUCUGGGGACAUAUGCAAAACUGUCAGCAAUAUAUGGGAUACACCGACACUGGAUACCCUUUGGAUUUGCUUGAACCACUUUUCUGGGAGAAUCCCUUAUGAGUUAGUCAAGGGAAAAUUUCCGUAUGAUAUAUGCUUUGAUAAGGUCAAUUUAUGUUCAUGUUUGAUAGAUAAGAAGGAACUGCCAAUAUGCCCUUCCCAAUGGUUGUCUGAUAUUAUGCCACUACACAUAAACUGCAGUUCCAAUAAGCCAAGUAAAUCAAAGAAAAUCAUCAUAACUUGUGUCGCGAUAGCAGCGCUACUCAUCAUUGGGUUAGGAAUUCUGAUACUGGUGUUCAGACCCAAGGGGGAAAGGAGGGAGGAAAACGAUGGAGAAGAAGAACAGACUAUGAUUCCAUUUCAAAGGUUGGAAUUCAGUGAAGGGGAAAUUUUGGGUGGUCUGACAGAUGAAAAUUUGAUUGGAAAUGGAGGGUCGGGGAAAGUAUAUAGAGUGACCACCACACAAGGCCAAAGUGUUGCUGUGAAAAGCAUACGGCAUGAACCAAGGCAAGGCCACAGGUUGCAGAAACAGUUCCUAGCAGAGGUUCAAAUCCUUGGGGGAAUCAGGCACUGCAACAUAGUGAAGCUCUUAUGCUGCAUCACUGGAAACAACACAAAGCUUCUUGUGUAUGAAUAUAUGGACAAACAAUGCCUUUACAGAUUGUUGCAUGGAAAGAAGAAAGGCUUAACAGUGGUUGAAACUUCUGCUCAAGUCUUGCACUGGGAGAGAAGGCUAAACAUUGCCAUUGGAGCUGCACAGGGGCUCAAAUAUAUGCAUCAUGAUUGCAGUCCACCUAUUCUUCAUAGAGAUAUCAAAUCCAGCAACAUACUUCUAGACUCCGAAUUCAAUGCUAAGAUUGCAGACUUCGGACUAGCAAAGAUACCAGCGAGUGAAGCAAAUCCAGAAACAGCUUCCGCCAUUGUGGGAACCUUUGGUUACAUUGCCCCAGAAUACUGCAGCACACUAAAAGUGAAUGUGAAGAGCGACAUCUACAGCUUUGGUGUAGUGCUCUUGGAAUUGGCAACUGGAAGAGAAGCCGUGACUCCAAAUGAGGACAUCAACCUGGCACAAUGGGCAUACAAACACCAACGAGAAGGAAACUCUGUUGCAGAUGUCCUGGAUGAAGAAAUCAAGGAUCCACAUUACCUGGAAGCAGCAACUAUCCUUUUCAAAUUAGGCCUCGCGUGUACUUUGAGUUCUCCUUCGAGCAGGCCAUCCAUGAAAUAUGUUUUGCAAAUUCUUCAAAGAUGCAACAAUGCUUUUGAGAGAGCUAUUCCGAAUGGGGCUACUGAAACUCAAAUCAACAGCCUCGCUUGCGUCUUCAAGCUCGUACGAUCAUGCCCUCAUCUCAAACCUCUUCUACACAUUGCUGCUGUGAAAACUCCGGGAGUAGGUGGUGGUCAUGUUCCACCUCCGGCACCGAUUCCGGCGACUGUACCACCUCCUCCGUCACCACCAAUUUCAGUAACUCAGUCUACACCAGCUGCUAUAGGCCAGAAAUCCUUAAAAAGUGUAUUGGAUGCGAUUGUCCUGAAUUGGUAUUACUCAGAGUUGGCAGCAAUUUGUUUAGUGGAGGGAGGGAGUAGUAAAGGAAAUGGUUUGGGCAACCGUGGGAGAAUUUCAAAAAAUAGGGUUUUUUAUUGUGACAUUGACUUUGACUCCAAGUCCACCCAAUUCAACAACGUAACUUUGUUGUUCACAUUAAGCAAUACAGUAAUAGAUGAGAGCAGCUGGAAGGGAAGAUCAAUUAUAUUGCUAUCCUAG